CGUGGCUGCCAGUACGCGCCUGUAGUCGCUCUGACCAUCAACGGGACAUGCUGAUGGUCACCACGCUGGAGGUAAGUUUGGCUGGCGGGAGCUGGAAUCGAACCGCCUAUCCUUCGAUCAUUGGCCGACCCGCUCCACCGCCUGAGGUACCUGUGUUGACUGAUUAUUUUUAUUUUUGUUAUUGUAAUGUUGAAUUUUAUUUUCUCAGGAAAGAAAAGAAAAUAUACCUUUCUUCUUAUGAAACGGUGGAAUGGACUUUUAAAAAAUUGUUUUGUGAAUAAAAUUUAGUAACAUUGUGUUGAUAAAUAUAAUUUUGUAUUAAAGGAUUAAAUCAAAUAUGUUUUUAAUACCAUUUCAGCUUGACAUUUGGAUUUAGUGUGAAUAUAUUAAGGCUUACCUCCAACUUUCUUCAUGAAAAGUUUUUCUAGUUAAUGCCAUAAAGUCCGGUGUCCAUAGUAACUUUUUGGAUUAUUUUGUUAUCAGGCAUGCAAUUAAAAUCACACCUAACAUGUUUUUUCAUUAUUUGAAUGGAGAUGCAACAUCUCGUUCAAAUAAUGACAAAAACAAUCCAAAAAGUUUAUUUUACAAGUUAUUUUGUAACUAAAUGUUGACUUUUUCUUCAUUUUUUUUUUAAUUUAAAUGUAUUCUUUUCUUUGCUGGUGGCCCUAAUAUGUGUCGUUUAAAGAGAAUAUUUAAUAAAAAAUUAUAUCUGAUGCAAACAGUCCCGAUUCUACUUUUUUAUUCUACUUUUAUUUAUUCUCGUUUCCAGCCUUCGCGGGUUCUCGGGAGUCUAACCUUUGACCCCUCCUCUCUGCUGCGCACUGCGCAUGCCUGCCCGGGUGGGGGUGCGGGGGUCGCUCGCGCUGCUCCAUCCGGGAACUUCAGAAUUACCAUUGACAGCCGAAGCGCAACUUUUCCGCAGGCAAAGUGAAAUCAAGCCGCGGACUCGGACAAAAUAUAGUCCCAAGUUUUCAACUUAAAAUUGGCUAAAUAAAAGCGAAGCCGCCCCGUGCCGCACGCUCCCGAGCCCGGUCGAUCACCGUAAAGCCGCCGGUGGAGACCGGAACCGUCCGAGCCCGCUGUGAAGCACUUUUGGAGACGGGCGGAAAGUGUGUGAUGAGUCCGAGGCUGUAAAGAAGCGAGAACUUGCUCUGCAGCCGGAGUUCUUCUUUCAUUGUUAUUGUGGCUUUAAAAUCCCGAUUCCGUCCAAAGUUCGGCUGCGCCGCGUCCAAAGUCCGACCAAAGUGCUUCAGCGGGCGGAACAUGGAGGUACCGGGCCUGCAAGAGGCGCUGAAAGUGGAGAUCCAAUGUCAUCAGAAGCUGGCGGUCCAUGGUUGCCCCGUGGGGGCCACAAAGCCCCUUUCCCUCAUCAAGCCCUCUGGCCAGAGCAUAGCCAUCUCAGUGGUUCCGGCCAAGACUCCCGUCUCCAUGGUGACGGCACACCGGAACGGCCAGAGGCCAGCGGGCGGCGAGCUGCUGCAGGUGAGCCCGGUUGACCUGCAGGCCAGCAGCAGAGCGCCCCCCACUGGAGUACGCCCACAUGGCACCAACAAGAGAACCAGCGAACUGACCCCCCCACAGGUGUUGGGAGCGCUCACAGCCGUGCCCCUCAAACUGCCCCACGGCGGCUCUCUGCAGCAGCUGGCGGGACACACGGCGUCCAUCCUGCCUCAGGUCCGGCCGAAGACCCGGAUCCCUGACAGCCUGCCCCCCCUUCCCUGCCAGGAGCUGCAGCCGCUCAGCCUGCAGAGGGCCGGCGCUGUGCUUUGCCCCCGGAACCAGGCCCCCACCCUGCCCACCGCCAACAGCACCUUCAGCCCCAACGUCUCCCUGGGGGGGCCGGACUCCAGCCCCGCCGCUCAGCACGCCUCUGCGGGUCCCGGCGUGGCCUACGCCAUCAUCGCUGCGUCCCCCGCCACCGGGGCGUCCCCCGUCAGUGAGGCGGUGAAGUCCUCCACCUUCUUUCAGGUGAUCAUAAUCCAGCCUCAGGCUCCUCCCACCACCGGGAUCUCCCCCAGGACCCAGUCUGACCUGCUGCCACAGGACGCCCCGCCCACCCAGAAGGCCCCGCCCCUGAAGAAAGAGCAGGACUCCGAGAAAGUGGCCUUCAUGGUCGCCCUCGGCCUCGUUACCACUGAGCAGCUGGAAGAAAUCCAGACCAGGAGGCAGGAGAGGAAGAGGAGGAGCACGGCUAACCCCGCCUACAGCUGCCUGUUCGAGCCCGAGCGGAAACGCCUGACGUCCCAUUACCUGAGCAGCUUCCUGACGGCACGAGACUCUGAGGAUUUCUGCUGGAAGGAUGACGUGGAGCACGAGGAGACCUGCGCCGUCUGCAGGGAGGACGGCGAGCUGCAGCCCUGCCACAACUGCCCCCGCGUUUUCCACCCCACCUGCCUGCACCCGCCCCUCCUGACUCCGCCCAGAGGACCCUGGUACUGCCCCAAGUGUCAGAAGAAGGUGCUGAACAAGGAGAACGCGGCGUGGCCGCACAGCUUCGUCCAGUCCUAUGUGACUCACAAGACAGUGAGGCAGGAGGAGAAGCGGAGGCUGCUGAGGAGGAACGGCGAGCUGAAGAGGGAGUGUGCUCACCUGCAGGAGGAGGACCAGAAAGUCCACAACACGCUCAAACUCUGCAUGGACCAGCGGGACCGUCUGCUCGUCCUGAAGAGAGACGCGCAGACGUCUCUGGACCGCCUCCGCGCCCUCAUCCGGCUGAUCCAGGGCGAGCAGCUGGUCCAGGUCACCAUGACCACCACUGUGCCCGCCCCCUCUCGGAUCAAAACCACCAGCAGCGCAAACCCGGGCCCCUCCGUGCUGCCAUGCCAGCCCAGCCAGGUGGACGUCAACGUGUAGCCUGGCUCCAGACGUCCUGAUGGAGGCGGGGUCACCUCUUCUGAAGAGGCUCCGCCCUCCGCAGUGGUUGAAACACCAUCAGUGCUUAUCAGAUUUCUUUCAGUUCUUUCCUAUUUAUUCUUGGCCUUAAAGUAUUAAUGAUUGAACUCCAGCGCCGCCGAGGAUCGUCCGACCCGGUUUCCGCGGCGGCCUCGCCAGAACAAGCGUUUCUGCCAUGAGACUACAGGAAGUGUCUGCAGAGGGCGCCGAUGAGCCUUCGAACAAGCCUCAGUGUUCUAGAGUAAAGUAUUUAAAGAGUUAGCUUUCUAGAGAACUUAGUUUUUCAUGUGGCGCCUGAAGGCCCCGCCCACAUCCAACCAGCGCCGGGCCCUGAGACGGAACCAGGCGGUCCUGCUCAGCAGAACCAGCGCCGCUGGUCAGUGUGGAGCUCAGAGGACAUUAUGGGAUGUUCUGCCUUCCUUUGUCACAGACUGCUGUUACUGAUCAAAAGGGGGCGUGUCCACGAAGCCACGCCCACUUCAGCCAGAACGAAAGAUGCCAAACUGUUAGUUUUGUUCAUAUCUUCAGGCGCGCGUGAGCUCCGCCUCCUUCGCCACGGUUGCUCCUGUGGGGGGUCCCUGCCCCCCGGUCCGUAUGCAUCGCCCGUCUUGCUGCUGGUCCAGAGAAGUUCUGUUGCUGCGUUUGAUGCUCCGACAGAACCACUGGCCCGGGUGACCCGGGGGGGGGGGUCAGAACCAUAUCAGCUUUAGGGGGGUCAGAACCUGCAUCCCCCCCAUCAUCAUCAGAGACCAUCGUUUUGGUGCCAUGUGACCCAGCGUAUCGCCUGACGCUCCGCCCCCUUUAACCCCGCCCCUCCGGGAGAAACUGUUCGAUUUUACUACACGUUUUUAUACUCCAUCACAGAAGCAGACUUAACAUCCGGACUCCCCGUGGCUGUCCAGCGGCGGCGCCGGCGUGGCGGCGGCGUAGAUUGGUUUGUAGGAGGACGUGAGGGUAGUGUGUAGAGGAACGUGUUCGUCCUUCACGCCAACGUAGUUUUCUCUGACGCUGAAGGACAGGAAGACGACGACCUUUUGUACCGAGUUCUUACCAAACGUCAAUAAACCACCUGAACAACCCGA